UAAGUUAAAAUGUGAUACAGAUCCCUGUAGUGUUGCUGUGCGACCUUAAUUCGCCCUUGUCAUUCCCCGUAGGUCAAAUUUUGACACUUUCGUUUGCACCGGCUACUAGAUAGCAGGGAAAAUUUGUUUUGUGUUAAAAUCUUGUAACAAUUAUUGUGCAUUUUCGGCCACCAUGCCUAUGAAAACAAUUUUCGCCCGCCAAAUCUUCGACUCUCGUGGCAACCCCACGGUCGAGGUCGACUUGAUCACCGACUUGGGUCUCUUCCGCGCCGCUGUCCCAUCUGGGGCCAGCACCGGCGUCCAUGAAGCGCUGGAACUGCGCGAUAACGACAAAGCCAACUACCACGGCAAGUCCGUACAAAAAGCCAUCAACAACGUCAACACCAUAAUCGCCCCCGAACUGAUCAAAUCCAACCUGGAGGUGACCCAACAGACUGAAAUCGACGAUCUUAUGCUCAAACUGGACGGAACUGAGAACAAGUCCAAGCUGGGGGCGAACGCCAUCCUUGGCGUGUCUCUCGCCGUGGCCAAGGCCGGUGCCGCGAAAAAGGGCGUUCCUUUGUACAAACACUUGGCCGAUUUGGCCGGGAAUAAAAACAUAAUCCUGCCGGUUCCGGCGUUUAAUGUGAUAAAUGGGGGCUCCCAUGCCGGGAACAAGCUGGCGAUGCAGGAGUUUAUGAUUUUGCCGACGGGGGCGAAGUCGUUCACUGAGGCUAUGAAGAUGGGGAGCGAGGUCUACCACCACUUGAAGAACGUGAUCAAGGCGCAGUUCGGGCUGGACGCCACUGCCGUGGGGGAUGAGGGCGGUUUCGCCCCCAACAUCCAGAACAACGAAGACGCGCUUAAUUUGAUCAUCGAAGCGAUUAAAAAAGCCGGUUAUGAGGGAAAAAUCGACAUUGGUAUGGAUAUAGCCGCCUCUGAGUUUUACAAAGACGGGCAGUACGAUUUGGACUUCAAAAACCCCAAGUCAGACAAGAGCAAAUGGAUUUCGGGGGAAAAACUCCUCGAGAUGUACAAAGGUUUCAUCAAGAAAUUCCCGGUGGUGUCCAUUGAGGAUCCCUUCGACCAAGACGACUGGAGCUCCUGGUCGGCCAUCACCUCCUCGACUGACAUCCAGAUCGUCGGGGAUGACUUGACGGUGACCAACCCCAAGCGCAUUCAAACUGCCGUUGAGAAGAAGGCGUGCAAUUGCCUCUUGCUUAAAGUUAACCAAAUCGGUUCGGUUACUGAGUCGAUUAAAGCGCACCUUUUGGCCAAGUCCAACGGUUGGGGGACGAUGGUCUCGCACAGGUCUGGCGAGACUGAAGAUACCUUCAUUGCCGACUUAGUUGUGGGGCUGUCGACGGGGCAAAUCAAGACAGGGGCCCCUUGCCGGUCCGAACGUUUGGCCAAGUAUAACCAGAUCUUGAGGAUUGAGGAGGAGUUGGGAGCCAAUGCCAAAUAUGCAGGGAAGGCCUUCCGCAAGCCACAGUAAUUUAACUUUAGUAGAGAUGUAAGCUCAUAGAUGUAUCAUGUAUGAUUGUAAUCUGUGUAUGAAAUGAACAAUAAAUUUUCAAAUAGCAAAGUA